ACUCGCGCGGUGGUUGCUGGGACGUCGGCGGACUGUGCCUGCGCCAAGCGAAGGUGCGUGUCCCCAGUGUCCGCUCUGGUGGCUCGGUCGGGAAUACACGUUGAGCGGCGUGUCGUAUGACAAAGUGACCGAGGACGCUGCGCCGCGCGAGGAGUCAUGGUUGCACUUUGUGGCUUUUAUUAGUUAGCAUCACUGCACGGGCUCCGAGUUUGACUCGUCGAGCUAGCUGACGGUAGCCCGCUUCAUUGAUUCGCAGCACGCUAGGUGCCGAGCAUACCGGCUAUUAGCGAGCCUGCUAAGUAAGCUAUUUUCCAAGCGCCGAGUAGGGGGACCGACUACCCGGCGGACCGGUGAACACGGCCGGCAGAGGAGGCGGGCGCCAGGCAGGCCGGCCGGCGGGGUCGGGAGAACGCGACGGGGUGGAAGUGUGUCAGGAGCGGCUGAUGAGUUCAGACCAGAGCGGAGAGCCGCCGCUGCUGCAGGAGGAGGCUGACCCCGGACCGAAGACCGGUGGGGAGGACGAGCCUCCGCCGACGAACGACGACGGAGGCUCCGGCGGCAUGGUCACCUCAAAGGGCACAAGUUUGAAUCCGAAUGCUAAGGUGUGGCAGGAGAUGCCUGUGACCUCAAGUGAGGCGGUGGCAAACAGUCCCCAUUGGCCCCCUUCGGACCUCAGCGAUGGUUAUGAAGAGCCAUCAAGUGCUGGUUACAAACCGUACAAUAUGGGAUUCCCAGGCUCAGAUGAAAGCAGCAGCCCAGCAAAAGCGGAGAUAGCGGUCAAUGGAAUGGACCCUCCAGAAUUGGCCUUUUCCGCUGAUAAGCUCUCCACCGCAGGAACCUCAGAUGCCAAAUCAGAAGAUCAACCACUUACAUCCGAGAAUCUACGUGAGUCUCUGAAAAAAGAGCUAGAGUUUUAUUUUUCAAGAGAGAACCUCUCAAAGGAUCUAUACUUAAUGUCCCAGAUGGACAGUGACCAGUUUGUACCCAUUUGGACCAUUGCCAGCAUGGAUGGCAUCAAGGUUCUCACAAGUGACAUGGACCUCAUUUUGGAUGUGUUGAGAUCAUCGCCAAUGGUCCAAGUCGACGAGAAGGGGGAGAAAGUGCGACCCAACCACAAACGGUGUAUUAUAAUUCUGCGGGAGGUCCCUGAGACCACACCUGUGGAGGAAGUGGAGUCACUGUUCAUCAACGCCAACUGUCCGAAGGUGAUUAGCGUUGAAUUUGCACACAACAACAACUGGUACAUCACAUUCCAGUCUGACACCGAUGCACAACAGGCUUAUGAGUACUUGCGAGAGGAAGUUAAAACAUUUCAGGGAAAACCCAUAAUGGCCAGGAUAAAAGCCAUCAACACAUUCUUUGCAAAGAAUGGCUACCGUAGCAUGGAGAGCAGCCUUUACUCCCAGCAGACUCAGAGCCAUUCCCAGUACAGCUCCCCUCUCUACAUGCAGCACGUCUACCCCCAGCAACAGUACCCAGUCUAUGGUAUUGUGCCCCCUACCUGGGCCCCUUCACCCACGCCGUACUUUGAAACUCCUUUGGCACCAUUUCCUAACAGUAGUUUUGUUAAUGGCUAUGGAUCUGGACACUACAAAACUGGAUCUGGUUCUCUUACGCUUACUCGGCCUUUCAACAGAAAUCGUGUCCCCCUCUAUUCAAGAAAGAAUGUUAUAAAUGCCUUCAGAAACCACGUGAAGCCCCCGGUGAGGACGGACGAGGUGGCCCCAACGUCAAUCACCCCGGUCCCUCUGGAGAGUCUGACAGGACUGCGCAGUCCACAGUCUCUUGUCCCCUCCAACCCCGCACAGGCCGCCUCCGACCUAAGCGCCAUGUUUUCACAUCUGUCUUCCUCCUCCUCCUCCUUGGAUCCCAAUGAUGACAGUAGCAUGGCUGGACGUGGACGACGUACUACGUUUUACAGAGGAACACGUAGAAGACGAGAAGAUGAAAGAAUUACGAAGCCUGUACCACUUGCCGAGGUUAAGGUGUCGCCUCCCAAGUUCGACUUGGCUGCAACCAAUUUUCCACCUCUUCCCGGCUGCGUGAUCAGUACUCAAGGAGAGCCCGUACUAGAGAACCGAAUGUCGGAUGUUGUUCGUGGUUUGUACAAGGACAAGAUAGAAGCAGUAAGUAAAGAAAGCAAUGUAAGUCCAGCUGUGGUCACAGAGGAUGGUUUGGCAUGCUCAAGUCCAAAUCAGGCUGCUGCUAAGUCUGUAACACAACCACUUGCGCCAUUGGCCCCAAGGAGUCGGGAGAAGAGGGCUGAGCAGCUGGAGCCGGUUGUCCCUAAAGUGAACACCAGCGUGCCUCCUGAAAGCCCUGUAAGCCCCGCCUCGUCCACACAAGCCUUGCCUAGCUGGAGGCCUCCAGCGCUGCCUGCCGCCUCCAGUCCUUUGAUCCCCAGCACGCCCCCGCCUCUUCCUGCUGCUGUUCCUGCGCCUGCACAGGAGCCCCGUAAACUCAGCUAUGCGGAGGUGUGCCAACGGCCCCCCAAGGAUCCCCCGCCCACGGCCCCGGUUCCCUGCAGCACGUCAGCCGGCCAGCCUUUGCGUGAGUUGCGCGUGAACAAGUCUGAGGAGCCCGGCUCCGGCGGCGCACCUGGAGACAAGCCGGAGCGAGGCCAUGACAGGGAGGCGGCGCGAGAGUGCAAAGAUGGCCGCUUCGCUCGCGACCCCAAGGGCCACUUUCGCAGCAACGGGCCCCGAGGUACCGGGGGCCUCAAGUUCCGAGAGCAGAGGCGGCCGCCUCUCGCCCGACGCCACUCUCCACAGGGAGCUUACAGGCACGCUGGCAAAGAGCAGAAUAUCCCACCGGUAUCGCCAAAGUAAAGGAAAAGAAAACUAUGAAUAGAAAAAGAUGUAUGAAAACCUACCUGGAUGUAUGUCUAAUUAUAUAAAAAUGAUAACAUAAAAGCAACAACAUCAUGGUAGCUACCUUCCCCCUGGAACUUGUCCACACGGCGGCACGUCAAGGACUUUUGGGCUAAAUGACACCCGAGGAACUGAAACGAGUGAUUCGUUAAGGCUUUUUGAUUGAAAGAAUUGACUUUCCGUGGAGGUUGUCUCAUUUGUGCUCGCCUUGGGAGAGGUAGGGUUCUGGUGCCCAGUACGUGGCCCUCUACCACCUUUUGAUUUCAAGAACAAUAUGCACUAAAGAAGAGAUCAUGCAUAUGUCAUGUACAUAAACAAAGAUAUCACUAACACAAUGAGCUGUGCUUUGGUUUGCAAGUAUGACUGCGAAAGGGUUGACUGUUUUUCCAUUGAUUGUUCUCGCAAAAAAGAUGUGUUUAAUGAGACACAGAGAGUCCUUAUACUGGAAGCUGUAGUCAAUGACAAUGUCUGAUCCAAAUUCACUUUUGGCUUAAGUUGCGCCGGUCAAAUAUCAGAAGUAAUGAUUUGGAAUUUUGCUAAUCAGUCCAAAUCUCUGUUUACACGUUUGUUUAGGGUAGCGGCGAACUGGCGACGAAACUGUUCGUGGUAAGGGGAUGUGUGAACUGCGCUAAAGCGAUGUGAACAGCGGCAAAGUUAGCUGAGGGCUCAGCUAUGUUUGGAUGUAAAAUAGUCAUUGUGGGCUGCCCGAGAACGCGACACUAGCAUACAGUCCACCAAACACCGUCGUUCGGUGGACGUUUCGGCCGAGCAAAAGUUGAUUUUGAAGAAACGAUAGAGGUAUAGUUGGCUGCGCUGUUAGUUCUUAUAACCCUUCACUAGAUGUGUGGGAGAUUUCAUUAGCUAGUACUGAAGCUUCUGACAGCAGGGAUCCACCUGAUUGUGCUUUUUAGGGUGAGUUUGCUUUUUUCUUUUUUUUCCAUUUUGAAAAAAAGGUUAACUUUAGAAUGUUGAGGUUUGAGCUCUCACUGUAUGUAUUGCUUUUUAAAUAUUUAUUAUAAUUUUUUUUGCGCAAGGCUUUUCUCGCAAGCUUGGUAGGCUGGUUUCCCCAAAGUUGUCAAAUCACAUUGACAAAACCAAAUGGAAUCAUGCUGCGUAAUGAUGAACCGUUCACCAUGCCAGCGAAAGGGAGGUGAUAUUUGACGCUUGGGGUGUAGAGGCGUAGAAUAUUGAGUAAUCAAUCACUGGAUUUGCCAUUUGGUUUCACCAAUGAGUUGAAUUAACAAAAAUUGCACUAACGUCCAAAUACAUCUGCUCGUGGAAAAUGUGAAAUGAUUUUUACAAGCAUUUGCUUGACCGGCAGAAAAGACUACCACCACCCCGUCCUUAUGUUUGGCUUAUUUUGUUGAUUUUGUUAAUGGGGUUGGGAUUGUAAAAGGAAAUAUACUUAACUGAUCAAAUGUGUUUGAGACACAAUCCUAGAACUGUAAGAAUUGUCACCAAAAAAUAAAUUAUUUUGAUUUGGCUUCAAUGUGUUCCUUCUUGGUCUUCCUGUUCAAAGAUUACUAUCGCCACAAAAUUGAUGAUUCAGGUUUUUUUGUUUAUUGUAUUUGACCAAUUACAUUAUAACGUUCAUUAACAAAUGUUUUCCCACCUGAUUCAACCAUUUCCCAACUCGUGAAAUUAUUUUCGUAUGCUUGUGUAAGCAAAUGACAGUAUGAGUGUAUAGUAAGUUGAGGGAGUGUAUGUAAGCACUUUUACUGAUCAUUUCAAGUGUAAGAAAAAGGCCAAAUGUUAAAUGUACGGUGACAUUCAUGGAAAAAGUAUGUAUCCCAUUCUCAAUGUUCUUUAAUUUGUAGUUU